AACGAAACAUAAAAUGUGUAUUGUUUCUCUCUAAAACGCAUUGUCCCCGUAAUGUUUCGGCCAGUAGUAAAACCGGAAGUAAAAGCUCCAGUGUUUUUCCCGUUUCUGUGCGAGCGCUGAGUGUGUUCUGAUGGCGAGCGCGGAGACAGCGGCGGAGCACGAGCGAAUCCUGCGGGAAAUCGAGAGUACAGACACUAACUGCAUCGGACCCACACUCCGGUCCGUUUAUGAUGGGCAGGAACAUGGACUCUUCAUGGAGAAACUGGAGGGUCGGAUUCGAAACCAUGACCGUGAAAUUGAGAAGAUGUGCAACCAUCACUUCCAGGGCUUUGUGGACUCCAUCACUGAACUGCUCAAAGUCCGAGGGGAAGCCCAGAAACUCAAGGGUCAGGUGACUGAGACCAAUCAGAGGCUCCAAAAUGACGGCAAGGAGCUCGUAACGACGAUGGAUGAACUGAGGCAGUGCCGUUUGCAGCAGAGGAAUAUUGCCACCACCACUGACAAACUCACACACUGCUUACCAGUGUUGGAGAUGUACAGCAAGUUACAGGAACAGAUGAGGGCAAAAAGAUACUACCCGGCAUUACGAACCUUGGAACAGUUGGAGGAGAGCUGUUUGCCUCAAGCAGGAUCAUAUCGUUUCUGUGCCAUCAUGGCAGAGAACAUCCCAUGCAUGCGCACGCACAUCAGAGACGUCUCCAUGUCUGACCUCAAAGACUUCCUGGAGAGUAUCCGCAAGCAUUCGGAUAAGAUCGGAGAGACUGCCAUGAAACAGGCGCAGGCUCAGAUCUCUCGUGACAAUGCUGUGACAUCACAGCAGCGGUCAGCGAGAGGACGUAGGAUACGAAAGGACGAAGGUUCAGGCACAAAAUUGGAAAGAACUGGAAGCAGCCCCCUCUCAGAAAAGGAUUCUGGGAUACUAGAUGUGGAGGAUGCAGAGAAAGAUGAGGUUCCUGGUGCACAGGACUUGGUUGACUUUUCACCAGUGUAUCGCUGUUUACACAUCUACACUGUAUUGGGCUCCCGGGACAUGUUUGAGAACUACUACAGGAAGCAGCGGCGGAAACAGGCCCGACUAGUGCUGCAGCCUCACUCUAACAUGCAUGAAACGUUAGAGGGGUACAGGCACUACUUCAAUCAAAUUAUCGGUUUCUUUGUAGUGGAGGAUCAUGUCUUGCACACCACACAGGGCCUGGUAAACAGGGCUUAUGUGGAGGAGUUGUGGGAGCUGGCACUGUCUAAGACCAUUGCAGCCUUGCGUACCCAUUCAUCUUAUUGCACUGACCCAGACUUGGUUCUGGAUCUGAAGAACCUCGUAGUGCUCUUUGCAGACACACUGCAGGGUUAUGGUUUUCCAGUAAACCAGCUGUUUGACAUGUUGCUGGAGAUGAGGGAUCAAUAUGGGGAGAUCCUGUUGAAAAAGUGGAAUCAGUCCUUCAGGCAAAUUUUGGAUCAGGACAACUACAGCCCCAUCCCUGUGGCAUCCCCAGAGGAGUACCAGCAAAUCACAGGCCAAUUCCCCUUCCAGGAUACAGAACUCAACAAGAUGUCUUUUCCGAAGAAGCUGCCAUUUUCUGAAUUUGUGCCUAAAGUAUACUCACAACUCAAAGAAUUCAUCUAUGCCUGUUUGAAAUACUCAGAGGACUUGCACCUUAGCUCCACAGAAAUUGAUGAUAUGAUCCGGAAGUCCACAAAUCUGCUGCUAACUCGAACCCUCAGCCACUGCCUGCAGUACGCCAUCAAGAAGAAGAAUGUAGGACUGACUGAGUUGGUUCAAAUCAUCAUAAACACCACUCAUCUGGAGCAUUCCUGUCAAUACCUGGAGGAAUUCAUCUCCAACAUAACCAAUGUGCCUCCUGACACCAUUAAUGCCACCAAACUCUAUGGAACCUCCACCUUCAAGGAUGCAAGGCAUGCUGCUGAAGAGGAGAUCUACACUAACCUGAAUCUAAAAAUUGAUCAGUUUCUGCAGCUGGCUGAUUAUGAUUGGAUGGCAGCACAGGGAGGUGGGCAAGCCAGCGAUUACCUGAGUGACCUCAUCGCUUUCCUUUGCAGCACCUUUGCAGUUUUCACACAUCUACCUGGAAAUGCUAUACAGCACGCCACGCUACCGGGGAAAGUGGCUCAGACAGCAUGUAUGUCAGCUUGUAAACACCUUUCCACCUCCCUGCUGCAGCUGCUGUUGGAGGCUGAUGUCAGGCAAGUGUCUAUGGGAGCCCUGCAGCAGUUCAACAUGGAUGUCAGAGAAUGUGAAAGGUUUGCCAGGGCCGGCCCGGUGCCUGGCUUCCAGGGGGACACUCUGCUGCUCGCCUUCAUCGACUUGAGACAAUUAUUGGAUCUCUUCACCCAGUGGGACUGGUCCACGUAUCUGGCUGACUACGGCCGCCCUACCUGCAAGUACCUGAGGGUUAAUCCACACACGGCACUGGCCCUCCUAGAGAAGAUGAAGGACACCAGCCGUAAGAACAACAUGUUUGCUCCAUUCCGUAAAAAUGACCGGGACAAGCAGAAGCUCAUAGAAACUGUUGUCAAACAGCUGAGAAAUCUCAUCGCCUCCAACCAGGCCUGAGACAGCAUCAGUGGACCGCCCACUUUAUGAUGAGUUACCACCACCAGAGGGUGUGGACUGUGCUUACACACCUCCAUCAGUUGAAUGUGUUGUUCUUUUCCAGACCAUCACAAAACACACACACAUACACACAAACAGAGACUUGCACUAACAUGAACACUAGGAUGACAAUGGAUGCGAGCAUGCACCGCAAAAGUUCAUCUGCUAAACCUAGUGAAAUCUGCCAUCCUGUGCCUGUGUGAUAUGAUGUCCAUUUUCAACUUGCAUUUAAGUCUUCCUAUAUGACAACCUAAGCACAGUAAGGAUGCCAGAUCACAUUUUUCUCUGAAAAACAGGAAUUUGGUUGCCUUUUAUUGUCAACUUCAGCUUGUUAAAAUAGACUUUUGUUCUGUAACAUUAACUUCCUGCCACUUUAAGUUGCCAUUACAAUAGUACUGAAGCCAGAGUAUUAUUUGUCUUAUUUUUUUAUUUGAAAACUACCGUUACACUGUGUGGUGGAUAUUGUUACUUAAAUCACUGCAAAGGUAAAAGUAACUGGACUUUCAUGUUACUUUCAUAAUGUCAAAUUUCAGAUUUAACAGUAUCUGUGAGAUGAUGCUCUCACUGAUGGGUUUAAAAUGCAUUUGAGUGUUGAUUGUAAUGAGAGAAGUUCUACUGACUUCUCCACACAGGGAAUCAAGUUAUUGCCCUUAUCUCAGCUAAAGGGAUAGUUCACCCAAAAAAUGAAAAUUCUCUCAUCAUUUCAAGAUUUAUAGUGAAAAAGGAGUUAUAUUUUGGUCUGUUCUCACCUAAAACCAACUGGAUCACUUCAGAAGACAUUGAUUUAUCCACUGGAGUCUGUUGGACUAUGUUUAUGCUGACUUAAUUUGCUUUUUGGAGCUUUUGUCCACAAUUCACUUGCAAUGAAUGGACUUUCAGAGCUGAGAUAUUCAUCUAAAAGUCUUUUUUUGUGUUCAGCUGAAGAAAGUCAGACACAUCUGGGAGGACCUGAGGGUGAGAAAAUGAUGGGAGAAUUUUCAUUUUUGGGUGAAUUAUCCCUUUAAAUAAAUUGUAUGCUAGGCAUGUCACCAUCCUUAUUUAGCUAUAGUUUAUUACUGCUAAAACAUCCAUUGUCUGGAUUGGUUGUAUAUUUGAUUCAUAAUUGAUUUUCAGUUGUGUGAUGGCUUUGGAGGAGUUUAGUUUACUGUUGUCACCAAAAUUACCAGGAUAAUAUGAUCAUGGCAAGGUUCAGAUGUUUUCUGAUUGGGCUUCCACUAUGAAGAAAAGAGGCCUAUGUAUUUCAUUUUCAUUAUUUCCAAAUAUAUUAGCCAGAAUUGAAUGCAAGAACUGACAGAAGUUCUGUAAGGAUAGUGAUACCUACUCAAAAGUCAUACAUUACUGUACCUACCUAAUGAUUUAUAGAGCUAAAGAGAAUUAAGUACAUUGAUAGGUUGAUUUUUUAUUUGACUGCACAUUUAUACAGUGGUGUGUGUGUGUCUGCAAUGUGAGUUUGUUUGUGUACAUCGCUGUACAUUAAAACUAAUAUAAAUUGCUUUUAGUAUUUGAACAAUGUCAUCUUCCCAUAACUUUGCUUUCUCUGUUAGGAAUGUGGGUGCAAUAUUAUGUCUCAUUUUAUUUUCUAAUGGAAUUGAGGGUUUUAGGUAGCAAAGAUUGUCUUGUUAAAAAAAAAGAAAAGGUGUUUUGUUUUUGUUUUGUUUUAUUUUUUUAACUAGGUCAAAUGUGUGUUUAAAGCCUGUCCCUUACAACAGAUGCAAAAUCAUAAAAAUAUAAAGGGAACUGCCUUCAUAUUUGGGGACAGAACAAGUGUCAUGUCAUAUUAUUUUAGAAGUUGUGUUGUUUUCUGGAUAUGGCUCUUCCUGUCUGUGCCUUGACUUUUUUUGCCAUGUCAAUAAUUAAUUAUGGUGUUUUCCACACAGCACCUGGAUUUAGAUAUGUGACCAAGGAACGGACGUGUGUUGGUGUGAGAGUGCACAAGAACGUGCUGCCUUUGCAGACAGCUGAGAUUGUUGAGAACAGUACUGAUUUGUUUUGCUCUUUACAUAGAGAGAUGAACUGUACAGAUUGUUAUAUGAAACUACUAAUGAACGAUGUUACAAUACUAAUACAUUUAAUAAAUGCCAAGAAAUACAUAAUAAACCAAUUGAGA